GCCGUCAGCAGUUCUGUUUUGAUUGCUCGCCUACGCGUAUCGUUUUCUGUGCUCGGCGGGGGCAGAAAUAUUUGCUUUGAUUUUUGUUUCGCUUUGCGUUUUCAAGUGGUUUUCUUGGAAUUUCUGUGGAUUUUUGUACUAGUCUUUCUUGUAGUGUAUUUCAGUAAGUGAAUUUUGCGUUUACAUUCCGGGGAAACGAGUGCCGUGAAGUUCCUUCAAACGGGAUCCAUUCAGACCGGAAAUGAGCAUCGCCAAUUAGGUUCAAUCAAAAAAGUCGAGUCAGCAAUCUGAGCAUAAAAAUGUGGAAACUUUGCAAUAUCAGCCGAAAUCAGUACUUUCUGAUCGGUCUGCUGGUUGGAUUCCUAUACAGUUAUUACAUGCCCCAAGAUUUGACGGAGAUCGUCACCGAAUGCCCGGAAGCCACGGAGAAGGAGCACUUGCUUGGGGAGGAGGCCAAGUAUGGGAGCGAAUUCGAACCGCAGCUGAAUUUGGAGCAGAAGCCGAUGAUUGCCAAGAAGCAGGUGAAGAACAUCGUGAGGCCGAGGUAUUACUACACGGAGCUUGGAAUCCGGGAGAAGCUGUUCGUCGGAGUGAUGACGACGCAAGAGAAUAUUGAUUCGUUGGCCACGGCAAUCAACAAGACGUCUGCACAUUUGGUCAACAAGAUCAAGUUCUUCAUCAACGCGGACAACGUCAAGACUAACUUCAAGCUGAAGAACAUCGUUGGAUUCACGGACACCCGUGAAAACCUGAGGCCAUUCCACGUCCUUAAGUACAUUGCGGACAACUACCUGGACGAUUACGACUACUUCCUGCUGGUUACGGACACAGGAUAUAUCAACGCGAGGCUCCUCAAAGAACGCCUGUCCCAUAUCAGCAUCAGUUUCGACAUCUACAUGGGAACUGCCCACGGGGCGACACUCCACGAGGACGAAGACAGACCCGCCGAUUCGCAGUACUGCGACCUCCACGCAGGGAUCGUCCUCAGCAGUAGCGUCAUCCGGAAGAUUCGCGCCAAUCUGGACUGGUGCGUCCGAAACGCCGCCUCCAACCAGCACAAUCUGAACAUUGGCCGCUGUGUGAAAUAUUCCAGCAAGAUCGACGGCUGCCAACCGUCCUGGCAGGACAUCAACGUCACCAGCUAUAAACUCAAUAGCUACAAAAUCUACCGGGACCUGCAUCUGAUCAAACGCGAAGACGCCUUCAACAAAGCCUCCGUCGUUUAUCCCAUUACCACGGCCGACGACUUCUACCUCCUUCACGCGUACUUCUCCCGUGUCCAUCUGGAGCGAAUAAACCAACAGAAGCAACAGAUCCACGACCAAGCAUCCACCAUAUCGAACGGAACCCUACCGAACGACGUCCUGGAAGUUCGCUGGCCUUUGGGCGUCCCAAAACCCAACCCUCCAGAGUCCCGUCACGACAUCGUCCCCUGGACGCACCUCAACCUCACCCACUCCUUCAUGUGGAACUCGGAACUCAAUGUACGGCCCCUGUCCACCGUGGACGCCGAGGACAUGCAGAACAUCCUCAACAAAACCAUCUUGGAAGCGUUCCGCACCAACCCCCAUCUCGAGUACCGGAGCAUUCAUUCGGCGUACCGGAAGUUUGACGCAGUCCGCGGCAUGGACUACCGGAUGCAUCUGAACUUCUACGACCGGAAGCGGCGCCAGCCGGUGCUGAAGUCGUUCGAGGUGGUCAAACCGAUCGGGUUGAUCGAGAUCGUGCCGUCGCCGUACGUAACCGAGAGCACCCGGAUAGCGAUUCUGCUUCCGACGUUCGAGCACCAGGUACCGGAGGCGUUGCAGUUCGUGCAGAGUUACGAGAGGGUGUGCAUGGACAAUCAGGACAAUACGUUUUUGAUGCUGAUCUUCUACUACCGAGCGGACACGCCCAGCAAGGGCGACGAAGAUGUCUUCCUGCCGCUGAAGAACCUCGCCCUGGGUCUCACCGACAAGCACAAACAGGACGGCUCCCGCAUCGCGUGGGUCUCGAUCCGUCUUCCACCGGAGCUGAGCGCCCCCUUCAACCUGAACCAUCUCUACUCAACCUCCCUGUACGGUCCCAAUCAGCUGUUGAGCUUCGUCGCCACGGAUCUGGCCCUGCGUAAGAUCGGCCUCGACAGCCUGGUCAUGAUCUGCUCCAGCUCGGCCACCUUCCGGUCGGAUUUCCUCAACCGCGUCCGGAUGAACACCAUCGCCGGCUUCCAGGUGUUCAGCCCGAUUGGAUUCACCAUGUAUCCCUGCCGGUGGACCAAGCUGUGCAAGGAGUGCGACGGAUGUGACGUCGGCCAGAGCAGCGGCUAUUUCGAUCGGGCCAAUUACGACGUGGUUUCGUUCUACAGCCGCGACUACGUGGAGUCGAGGAAGUUGCUCGAACAACAGCUGCCCAUCGUCCGAAGUGACCGGGACAUUGUCAAUCUGGUCAACUACACUCAGGAGGAUGGGAUUCAGAACGUGGCCGAGUUGUUCGUAAGGGCAAAUACCAAGAUUCACGUGCUGAGGGGAAUUGAGCCGAAUCUGAGAUUGGGUCGGGCAAUAGAGAACUUCCUGGCGUCGGACCCCGAGGGGGAGCAAUUGACGGCGCUGCGAUGUGAGGAGUCGAACGAGGAAAGAUGCGUGAGAAUUGCCUCCAAGAAACAGAUAGGGGACGUUCUGGUGCAGUAUGGAAACAGUCAGCAGGAGAACGAGGUCAAGAGAUGAAAGAGAAUGGGAGCCUGGGAGGUGGUGAACUAGAAUUUUAUGAAGGUAUACUGGUAGCAUUUUUAGUCGAAUAGUGUUUUAUACAAGCGAACAAUCUUGCCAAAUAACUGAAUUGUAUACUGAGCUUUCACAGUGAAGCAUUUAGAUCAGUGAUUCGCAAUCUUUUGAAAAUCACUGCUUUAGACUUUUUUUUUCCUAAAAAGAAGAUAAGCCAAACUCGUAUUUACUCGUCUGUGUUGUAAAGAUAUUGUAGGUUUAAAAUGACAAUAAAAAGUGCCUUUUACGAUAUGACAAACAA